UGGAGGCUCUUGUUUCAAAGAAGGGUCUUAGUGAACAGUUACUGUAGGGCUGUCUGACACUACUGGCAGAGAGGAAGGUUCUUGUUAGACUACUGGCUCAAUGCAAGACCAUCUCAACCUCAUCCAGACAAGUUCUCUCAUCUGCAAAACUCCGAGAGAGUGGACGAGUCGAGUGCCUAUUACCAGGAGCAGGUGAGACAGGCCAAGCAGAUCAUGACACCCUUCACACUGCGGAGGCUCAAGUCACAAGUGCUGAGUCAGCUCCCGGCUGGACAUUUUACAGGGGCAUGGUGGAGAGGUCACUCAGAGUCAAUCAGGGCCGACAUGGUGAUGAGCUCAACAAGAGGAUGGACGUGAUGGUAGACCUUCGCAAGGCCACCAACCAUCCCCUACUCCUGAGACACCACUACACUGACCACACCCUACACUGCAUGGUGAGGACCAUCCUAAAGGAGCCCAGUCACAGAGAUGCUGUUCCCAACCUCGUGUGGGAGGAUAUGAGUGUAAUGUUAGACUUUGAACUGCACAACCUCUGCACACUGUAGUGGCCAUUCUAUUGAGUACAUUAUUAAUGCAAAGCCAGUUAGAGUGCGCAGUAGUCUAUUCUACUGACAGCUGCUCCUCUUUUCUGUCAGUGAAAGGUGAGUUGGUGCUCACUUUGUAGCUGACAAGAGUACAUGUGUGUAGAGUGGAGCCCUUCAUUCUUAUGUUCUGUAACAGGCUACCAAUACAGUAGAGACUCGUAUAACGGAAAAUACCAGUUUUACAAUGUGUGUGUUUGUGUGUAAUCAUAUGUACGCUUGUUAUAAUCGAGUAAACGCUUUCCACGGUACAUUUGUAGCAUGACUAUACAUUUCUAACCAACCUCUUAAUGAUUAUUGUGGGCGAAACAAAUAUUAUGCUAUUGCAAACAAAGUAUGCCCGAGGCAUUGUAAUGAUAGCAGUCUCUAAGUCUACAGUUGUGGUUAGUAUCUGUUUUUGAUGUUGUACUCCUUAUCAGUAUCUGUUUCUAGUCCAUCGAUCACUUUCACUAAAUCAUCUUCCAAAUAUCUAACAGUUAAAUUUAGGAAAGGCUUUCUCUGAAUGUAUGCCAUUGCAAACUUUUUUAAAUGACCCUCAAUCAAUCUAUCGGAAAUAUUUAGAUUUUGAUGGCCUUGAUUGUGUAUUAGCAUUUCACACACAGACUUAGUGAUUUCAUUGUUUGGUUCGAGUAGUUGUAAAUCAUCUUCACUACAGUCUAACGUGUUUAGCGUUGUGUUUUCAUGUAAGCUUUCAAAUAGUUUUGUCCAUCCCAGAAUGCUUGAUCUGUGUCUGAAUGUUAGUUCUAUCAAUGAGCAAUUUUGUGACAGAGCGUCAGCAACACAACAAACCAAGUCAUCAUUUGUCUCAUACAGACGACCUAUUUUUAGAACAGUCAGUGUUUUGUUGUUGAUCAGUAGACAUUUCAAAGCUGUGCAACACUCCUCUCCAUCCAAGAUAUUACCACUGACAUCUAGUGUGGUGAUGCAUGAUGAACAAAGACCAUUGAAAAGUUCUGUCCAACCAUUCUCUAUUUUAUAAUUAUGGUUGAGAAUAAGUUCUCUCAAAGGAGAGUCCUUCGAAAAAGUAAUUCCCUUAAUGCUUCUUCCGUCAAACUACACCAGUCAACUCUCAAAACAGUUAGCACUUUACUUCCAUGAAUGUACUCUUUAAAGGCUAAAGAUCCCUCAUUUCCAAGUCCUUCAUUUCCAAGUCCUAGAUUACGUAUGUCUAAAAUUGUUAUAGAAGUUGAUGAGAGUGUUUGAAACAACAAUGUUGCCAUCUUGCCAGUAGUCCUAAUAUUGAGUUCUCUCAGGCUUUGAUUAUCUGAUAAAGCAUGGAAGAAAAUUUCUGAAUUAUCACUUAAUGUUACUUUUAAGACUCGUAGCUGCUUGCAUGUUGUGACUAUCUCUGAAAGUUGUCUCUUAUUUUCUUCAGUCAAUUGUAAACCGUAUAAAUUUAGCUCACGAAGGUUUUGAGACCUCACUGUAAGUAGUGCAUUGAGCCAGCUGCUGUCUCCCUGAGUAGAGUAUUCUAACUUGAGUGCCACAGUUCGAUUGAGUAAGAGUCCAUCCUCCAAUUGUUUGAUAGACGUGUCAUUCAGUUUACAUGAGUCCAGUUUCAGUGUUUGCAAACUAUCCGUUUUUUUAAGCAUAUCUUGAAUUUCCCCCGCAUAUUUUGUGAACUCCUUAUUAGAAAGAUUGGCUAAUGUUAAACUAGUUACUGUUUUGUUACUUCCUAUUGACCUGAGUAGAGCCUUUGACACGAAUGAUGUAGUGGUAACAGUUACUCCAUGUAGUUCCGAUGGCAAAUUUCCUUCUAGCAAGGGCAUAAAUAGAUCCUCUGAGUCAUCAUCUUGUAUGUACUCGUCAGGUGACUCAAUAUCAAGAUGAACUAGUUUGUCUUUGUGACUGACAUUGCCAAUUUAACCUUAUCAGAUGUUGAAAUGUGAGCACGUACAUUCACUGGCAAGUGAUUUCGUAAGUGUGUUAAACCCUCGUGCCUUUUUUUGUUUCCAUGUAAACGCAAGGUACGUAGAUUUCUCUUGUUUUGUAAAGCUGCCAUUAGUGUUGUAAUAUCGUAUAAAUGGAACUGGCUCUUAUGAAUUUGAAGGUGUUGUCAGAGCCUCCAAGUAUACGGUUUUUUCCGUAUUUAUACGGAUUUCUGUCUUCUAAUACGGUUAUACGGAAUUAACUGCAAAAAUACGGAUAUACAUGUAGAUCUAGAAGACUAGAAGUGACCUUUUGUCAGCUUACAGAAUAAGUUAACUGGCCUUAUAGUUGACAGUGAAGGGUCUAGAAGCAUCCCUACAGCUGUAGUAGCUCUAUGCCCUAUACUGGUAGUGAGUCUGAUACUGAAAGACAGCUAUAAAUUUAUCUUGUAAAGCCAAGUUUCGCUUGCCACACCCCUUUAUUGAAGGGUGGGGCAAUUACAAAGCCACUACAAAACAGCAUUUCAUCUCAUUUCCAUGUUUUGUACAUCGUUUAUACUGAAAAUCAUCAUUAAAUACGAAAAAUGAGCUGAUUAAUACUGAAAAGAAAAGUCUCUACUUGGAGGCUCUGUUUGAUCGUGAUAUGUCGAAUGUUGACGAAAAUUUAAGGUUACUAAUUUUCUUAAUCCUUUCACAAUUGCACCUCCUAACUCAGUGCAUGAUUCGUGGUGUGGGAUACUAAUGCUGUCCACCUUCGACUCUUCUAAUAAUAGUGGCAUCAAUAGAUGUAGAUCCUCAGCAUUGAUUUUGUUAGAAGUGACAUCUAAUUGUUUAGUUAAGCACAAUACUGGAAUGUCUCUUUUUGAAUGUUUCUUUGUAGUUAAUGUCUUGAAGCGGUCAUCAUUAAGACUGCACUGAGACAAGUUUAUCUCAUCCCACACGUGAUCUUUUGGAGUUAGGGCGAGAAAGUUGGCCAAGACAAGGCAGUCAAACUGAGAGAGACUGUGCUCUGACAAGUUGAGUGAAUUGGUCACCAGACAGGGCAAGAGCCAGUUGUGUGUUGUUUGUCGGCUUUCAUAUUGAAGAUGGGCUAGGAACAAGAAACGAGAUCUCUCUUGUUUUCGCAGAUCUUUUGUUUUAGUUUUGUAUUUAUGCUCCACAUGAGUGUUUAUUGAUUUCGGAGCUGGGAAGGCUUGUUCGAUGGGAAGAAAAUCAAGUUGAGUCAAUCCUGAGAGAAAGAGAGCUCUUUGUUAGUGCGAGAUGUCUGGCUGCUAGAAACUCUUGAAUGGUUAAAUGAAGGAACUGAUAAUAAUGAGCCUCCAAUACUCCCGUACACUUUAUUAGGUUUAGCAGUCCCAGUGACAAAGCACCUCUUUCUUUGGUGACUUCUGUAUGUUUAAAGAUCAGUUUGUCUUGAGUCAUUCCUGUGAAUGCAGUUUCUGAUAGGUAGUCUAAACACUUGAUAACUUGAGUUGGCAAUGUCGUUAUAGCAUUAGCAUGUUCUAUCUGGUCAUUGUCAAUUUUGUCUAGUUCUUGAAUUUUGUUCUUGUAGUGUUUGAGUGUGUACAGAAUGAAUACCUCAUAGAGUUGUGUGAGUGUGUCGGGUAAGGUAUCUUGUUGCUGGUAGACAUACAGUACAAUCCUGCAGUUUAAAGGGAUAUAGCAUAGGGAGACAAUAUCCAACCUCUCUUUCAGCAUCUGUAUUAGCUUCUUUGCCUUUUCCUUGUCUGUAACGUUUUGC